AGCUCGACUAGUCACGACGAUCCUGUCUUUGUUUCUGACCGCCUGGAUCACGUCGCUUCACGUCUCUUCUCGUCAUCAUCAGGUCCUCACGUAAUUUUGAUCGACGACAAGACUAUGGACGUUCAUCAGCUCAAACGUCUCGUCGGCCUUACUAUAGACGAGGCCGCAGAUGAUCUAAACGAACUGAGUCAACAAAUAUGGACUCAUCCUGAAACUGCAGACAAAGAGUUUUUCGCGCAUGACGUGUUGACAAGAUUUUUAGAGGAUCAUGGUUUCAAAAGCGUCGACAAAAAAUAUCUGCUUGAAACAGCAUUUAGAGCCACGUACGGUGACCCAGGUUCUGAGGGAAUACAUGUGGGUUUCCUGUGUGAAUAUGACGCACUUCCGGGGAUAGGACAUGCUUGUGGUCAUAACCUGAUUGCCGAAGUUGGAAUAGCAGCAGGCUUGGCAUUGAAAGCAGUUAUCUCACAAUGCCCAAGUAUUGGCAAAUUGACUGUACUUGGAACUCCAGCGGAGGAGCAGAAUGGCGGCAAGGUGAGAUUGCUGAAAGCCGGAGCAUUUGAAGGCAUUGACAUCGCAAUGAUGGCCCAUCCGUCAAAGUACGAGCUACUCAAACCCAACUACGUCGCCCGAAAAGAAAUCAAUUUCAAGUACACCGGGAGGGAAUCCCACGCGGCAGAAUGGCCCUGGGAGGGGAUCAAUGCUCUAGACGCUGCAGUGCUUUGUUACCAGAGUAUAUCCUGUCUCAGGCAACAGAUGGUGCCAGGCUGGAUGGUUCAUGGCGUUAUUUCGAACGGGGGACACCGCCCAAAUAUUAUCCCUGGAAAUGCGCAAAUCGACUACUUCAUACGUUGUCCUACAACGACCGAACUGAGAGUAUUCGAGGAAAAGGUUCUGAGGUGUGCGGAAGGAGCUGCAAGUGCUACCGGCUGCAAGCUGGAAAUCGUCCAGGGGGAGGAAUACAGAGCCCUGAUGACCAAUGAGACAAUGAUUGACCUUUACGAGAAAAAUGGAAGUUCCCUUGGUAUUGAGUUUGAAAGGAGAGAGAAGAUAACCAAGAAAUUGGGAGGUUCGUCAGAUAUGUCUGAUGUGUCUCACGUCGUUCCUUCGAUCCAUCCCGAGUUUCGGAUAGGGACAGACUUCAACAGUCAUACCCAGGAAUUCACACCUGCCUCAGGCAGCGCCGAGGCACAGAAGAACACGUUGGCCGUGGCCAAAGCCUUGGCUAUGACUGCGAUUGACAUCUUGGUUGAUAAGAACCUAAUGGCCAAAAUUCAGAAAGAUUUCGAGGAUGGCCAAGAACGUGAAAAAAAUACAAGUGCCAUGUGACAUUACAAUGUUACUUCCGGAAUUUUUUCAGGUUUUUGUUUUCGUAAUAUUUGUACUAAUAAAUCUAUAUAGUGACCACAACUCGAAUAUUAUUUUUUUUUAAUCCAACGAUAUUCAAUUUGCUGAAAGAGUAAUGGAAAAGCAAUCAUUUUCAGCGUUAUGAAAGAAAACCCAAUCUCAUUUGUCAAUUGAAUCUGCGUUAUUCGGUAUUUUCUUUAAAUUUGAUUUACAAUAAAAUUUUGAAAAUGC